AUGAGUCCCGCUCCACAAAUGGAGCCUGCCAUCGACCUAUAUCUUCUCAUGGGCAUGACUACUCCCAUCAUGACACCUGCUCCUCAAUGGGUGGCCAAUAAGCGUUCGGAAAAGGGCAUGACUACCCCCCUCAUAGCCCCAAACAAUCUUACCAACCCCUGGCCAACCUCGAACUUAUCCACGGACUUCCCACCUGGCGCAGGAAAUACCCGCCCAGCCCAAGUCCAAGCCCAGAGACUUGGAAGCCCAUGGACUCUACCUGGCCAGGGCUACCUGACCGACGACGGGAUCUGGAACGAAGCACUCCGCGUGGGAGGCCCACAGCUAUGCGGUCUCCCGCUAAAACAGAUGGGUCUUCACGGACCACAUUCUCCGGAUGGCACACCUUACGGCAUUGAGCCUCUGGAGACGAUGCUACUUACCUGGCACUCCCUUUGGGGAGAGAAUCCACAGCCUGUCAUCACGGUUUUGGUUCUCGCCCGGCGGGAGAGGUUUGAUGACUCGUGGGUGAAAUGUGCUCAAAAGAUUCGUCAGUACCUUCUGAAAAUGGCAAACCUCCCUUUUGUCUCCGUGGAGGUUGCGGACCCGAGACUUGUGCCUACCACAUGUGAGGAGUUUGAUAUGGCAAAUAGUGAAGAGAACGAAUGUGAUGACUGA